AUGAACUUUCUUUUCUUGAUCCUGAAAUUAUCAGAAAGCCGUGGAAAGAUUGAAGAAUUCCCGGAUUUCACUACAAAUUAUACAGGAGAUCAAGAUUUUGACGCAAAUGAAGUCACUCCUGCUUCAUAUAAUUAUGCAUACAUCACUUCCAUUACAGGUGAUGAUGAUAUGGAGCAUGAAGUUCUCAAAGCAGCAAUGCUUGCUUAUUCAUUAUGGUAUUUAACUCCAAAAAUUGAUCGAAUUCUUUUGAUUUCAAUGAAAUUUAGAAUGCCAGACGAACAUGAACAAAGACUAGCAAAAUUAUACACAAGUGUUUAUAGGUCUCCAUUUGUAGAUUUCAAAUGUCCAGGAAAAUUAUUUAAAUCUUCAGAUAUUCAUCAUUGGUUUAAAUUAAAUGCAUGGACAAUUACUUCAUACGAAAAAUUACUUUGGAUUAGUCCAAAUGUAUUCUUUACUAAAGAUCCAUCAAGAUUAUUCGAAUUUCCAGCUCCUGCUGCACCACCGGACUAUCAAUUAUGGUCAAUGUCCGAAUUUGGCCCAGUACAUAAUUUAGACGUGUUCUUAUUCAAACCAUCUCUUGAUGAUUUUCUUAAAUUAAAAGAAUUAGCCUGUGAUUGGAUAUCUAAUCCAGAAAACAGCGAAAAGCGCGCAAGUGUAGAAGGUACUCCUUUCUUAGGUGCAUACGAUAAUGGUUUGUUGGAAGAAUUUUACAAAUAUGAUAUCACAACUAUGCCAAAAUACACUUGCUACGAAAUUCCUGGUCUUAAAGAUGGUUCUUAUGCUACUUCUGGUGACGAAACUGAUCCAAGAAUCAUAUCUUACAGAUUUUCCAAGGAUCAUAUGCCUUGGGAUUCACCAAACCACAUUGUGUCUCAAGCAUGGUCAUAUUUACUCAAGAAGAUGUUUGAUGCGCUUGAAGAAGAGCCAAUUUUGAAAGAAACUAACAUAUUCCCGCCAUCAUCAAAUACUUCGUUAGAUAUCAUAUCAAGAAGACUUCCAAAGGUUAUUAACUUUACUUCUACGGAGUUUCUUGAAACUUUUGUUGAAUAUUCUCCAAUUCAAUUUUGGAGAAUUGUAUUUAACGCAUGUUUAAUAGCAAUAACAAUAUUUGUCGUGAUUAUUUACGCGUUAAAUAAUCCUUCUCAAGAUUUCUAUGCAAAUGGUGGAAAAUAUCAGAGAAGAAAGAACGAAUAA